AUGGACAUUUUCUUCCCGGGCUCAGACAGUCAGACUCGUAAAUUUCUCGUGAAGAGUCAGCCUGAAUUGGUAACGUCGAGCGCGACGCCGGCGUUGACGACGUUGAGCGUUGGGGACUUCUUCUACUAUCGAAACAGGCUCGCGGAUUUGCACGACCACAUUGCAUCACAGCAGCCAAGAACCCUGGCUCAACUUUGGAGGCAGCGUAGGCAGGUGAAUGGGUUAGCUGGACUAUUGAGCAGACGUGAUGAGAGACCACUCCCUACCGAUGUAGGAUUACUGCCCCAUCGUUUCAGUGGUAGUACACUUGCUUUCUCGAUGUACAGUUACGGAGGAUUGAACGAAGAAGAUGCAGAUGGAGAUUUGCCGAAUGAGUCGGACGGAAUACCGGUAGCUGAUUCGCAGUCGCCGUCGGCCGUCUCUGUUCUGAGAGAGCAUGCUCAUCAGCCGCUAAAGGAUCGCGAUCCUCUUUCAACAAUCGUUGAAUGA